AUGGAUUACACUUCCAUAUUUCAAAAUUUUAAUGAUGUUGAGGUUUUGGCUGCAUGUAAUGGCUUAGUUUUGAUAGGUAAUACUAGAAAUAGUUUUCAAGAACUUUAUAUUUGGAAUCCAACAAGGAAUGAGUACAAGAACAUGUCCAUGCCAGAAGAAGUAGACAAGGAUGACAUACAUGGAUAUGGAUUUUGUUAUGAUUACAAGACUAAUGAAUAUAAAUUGGUAAGGAUUGUCGUCGACAGGGAAUCAGAGUGUUCCAGUAUUGAUGUCUAUACAUUAAGCUCAAAUUCAUGGAAAAGGAUUCCAGAUACCUUUCCAUCUUUAUCACAAAGGAUAUUCUGGUGUCCUCUUGAAUGGAUUUCGUCAUUGGCUUGCGCGUACUUUUGUACUUUUGUUCAACCCUCCACUGUACUGGUAUGUUUUGAUAUUGUGAAUGAGAGAUUCGAGGAAGUAGCAAUGCCAGAAGCACCUAUGCCAUAUCAAGAAGAACCUUUGGAAAGAGAUAUGUUCCAGAUAAAUGUGGAAGUACUAGGAGGGUGCAUAUGUUUAGUCUUUCAUAUUUUUAAUGUGCGCGUUGACGUAUGGAUAAUGCAAGAUUAUGGAGUGCGAGAAUCUUGGACUAAAAGUUUCUCAAUCAACCAGGCGAGUAUAAUUAGUAGUAGGGACCUGUACUUGUUAUGGAGUUUCAAGAAUAACGAGACUUUAUGGAUGCUCGAUCAUGAUUUCGUUUUAUAUGACCCAAACAAAAAACUUUACAGGAAACUGAUGUUGGAUUCUCAUAUUACUAUUAGUAGAUUUCGUUGCUUAACUAAUCAAGGUGCAGGCUUAUACAGUGCGUGA